CUCACUGUGUUGCAAGUGACAGAGUCCCGCGAGCAGGAAGAGCUCUCCCCACAGUGUGUAAGGGUUAGGGCCUGUGCACUGCUUCUAUGUAACAACGAGACACACUCACAGUAAACCAUACAAAUCUCCUGCUCUUCCAUUUGUGCUGCCGAGGGCCCCUGCCAGCCAUGGGAGGAUACACUGGCCAGAGUGAGCUGUCUGUCUCCAAGGGAGUCCGGAUGAUGUUUUAUGCCUUGCAUCCAAAUGAAACCUCCUUUAGAACUAUAGAAGAAGUCCCAGAUUACGUGGAGAAGGCAACCGCUUAUUUCUUCAUUAUGCUGGUAAUGGAGAUGUUUGUGAGCUGGGCUUGGAAGGGUCGACCACUGAGAGUAAACGAUGGACUCUCGUCCCUUUCUGCGGGAGUUAUGUCUCGCCUGCCAGAUGUUGCUUUCAGAGGAGUAGAAGUGACCACUUAUGUUUACGUAUGGAACCACUACAGGCUGGCGGAAUUGCCCUGGGAUUCUGUGUGGACAUGGGGGCUGACAUUCCUCGGCGUAGACUUUGGAUACUAUUGGUUCCAUCGGAUGGCUCACGAGGUCAAUAUAGUUUGGGCCGGUCAUCAAACUCAUCACAGCUCAGAGGAUUACAACCUAACUACUGCACUGCGACAGUCCUUUCUGCAGAAAUAUUUUUCUUGGAUGGUCUAUUGGCCUAUGGCAUUUUUCAUUCCUCCGUCGGUGUUCGCUGUCCAUCUCCAGUUUAACCUGCUCUACCAGUUCUGGAUACACACUGAGCUCAUAAACAAUUUGGGUCCAUUGGAGUUGAUCCUCAACACACCAAGCCACCACAGAGUCCAUCACGGCAGAAAUCCAUAUUGCAUUGAUUCAAAUUAUGCAGGAACACUCAUCAUUUGGGACAGGAUAUUUGGAACGUUUGUGCCGGAAAAAGAUAAAGUUGUAUACGGCCUGACGCAUCCGAUUAAUACGUUUGAACCUUUCCAGGUCCAGCUACAACACUGCAUCUACAUUUGGAACACGUUUUGGAGCACUCCCGGUUUUUCCAACAAACUAUCAGUAAUAUUCAAAGGACCGGGAUGGGGUCCUGGGAAACCUCGGCUCGGACUUCAUGAGGAGCUUCCGAAGGUUACCGGAGAUGAAAAGCCCUAUGAACCAGGAUUAUCAACACCACUGCAAAUAUAUACAAUGAUACAUUUUAUACUUUUGCUUGCUGUUUACCGACACAUGUUUGAAGCCAAACUUAUACUAACACAGAUAACUCUCCUGCUGAGGAUCCUGUACAUUCUCCUGACCUUAACAUCCCUGGGUUUCCUUCUGGAGCACAGACCCAAUGCAGCACUGUUCGAAACCGUCCGAUGUUCGGUUUUUCUGUUGCUUCAGAAAUACGGCUACCUAACAACAGAUAUCCCCUCUCUGACAGGCAUCUGUGAGAUAAUAUUUUCCAUCUGCAUGGCGGUGUGGGGACUGCAAGCCAUCAGACAGCUCGUGACCAGGACCCAGAAACAGGAAUGAGACGCUACUGUAGCUCAUCUCCACUAUUUUGUAUCAUGUAAUAAUAACACGCAACAUUGUGGAAAAUAAAUUAUAAUUCAGUCCCAAAUGUCUCUGUAAUAACAUCACAAGGACACGUGCUGAGAUUUUAUGUUAUUAAUUGACCAAAGGAAUGCUUUAAUUUGUUUAAAAGGUACCAAAUCUGUUUUUUUUUAAUUGUAUAUAGUAUGUUUCAAUUAAUUCUUUAAUAAAGAAAAAAUAUAUUCUGCAUAA